CACGUUUUCUUAUGAGCACAUAAAAUAAAGAAAUGGGAGAGUUGAUAUGAACAGGAGUGAAUAUAUUUCAAGUAAGCACCAUUCUCUGUUAUUGGUUCUGCAGCCAUUUUUCGAUUACAAAUCGGAUUACAGGACACGUCUAGUUGGUUAAUAUAUAUGUAAAGAUUGAUCAAGUGUGUUAUCUUGCUUCAUCUUUCAAAAAGUGAGAAGGGAUCAUGGACAUCUUUUAUCUACAGUCCACUUUGCCCUCUUUUUCGAUAAGAGUACGUCAAAUUGUUAUGACGAAAUUAUAAAAUUUAUCUUUUUUUUUGCUGUUGUUGUACACAUGCCUGCUGUCAAAGGCCUACUCAUCGACCUUAGUGGAACUAUUCAUAUUGACUCUAAAGUCAUUCCAGGCGCCAUUCAAGCAAUUGAGCGCUUAAAAGCAAACAAUAUCCCUUUUAGGUUUGCUACAAAUACAACAAAAAUGUCUUCGCGUCAGUUGGUAAAGAAGUUGACAAAUCUCGGAUUCCAAGUAGCAGAAAAAGACGUCUUUACUUCCUUAUCUGCCUGUCGUGAUAUGAUUCAAACCAAGCAAUUGAGGCCUCUAUUACUUAUGGAGGAUGAAGCCAUGGAUGAAUUUGAAGGAAUCGAUGUUGAUCAGCCAAAUGCAGUUGUUAUCGGAUUAGCCCCUUCCAAAUUUAAUUAUGAAAAAUUGAAUGAAGCCUUUCGAUUGCUGAUAAAUGAACCCAACAUGCCUUUGAUUGCUGUUCAUAAAGCAAAAUACUUUGCUGAUAAAGAUGAACAACUGUCGAUGGGACCAGGUGGAUUUGUGAAAGCUCUCGAAUUUGCAACUGGAAAAGAAGCCAUCAUUGCUGGUAAACCGACCAAAAAGUUCUUUGAACUGGCACUUGAACAAAUCAACAUGCUUGAUACUCCUGAAAAUGUAGCCAUUAUAGGUGAUGACGUCCAUAACGAUUUAGGAGAAGGAGCCAAGGAGUUAGGCUUGCAUCGUUAUUUAGUUCAAACAGGCAAGUAUCGACAACAAGAUGAAGAUAAGGAUGAAGGCUUGAAGGUAUUCAAGUCUGUGGUAGAGGCAAUUGAUCAUGUCAUUGAACAAAACAGAGCAUAAGUCAAUAAAAUCCUUGUGUUAC